AUGGUGCCGACCCAAAUUGACAGAGACGAGGAAAGAGUGGACUGUUCAGUGGCAGACACGUCUCCAACCAGACACAGGCUGGCGGGCUCCGCCACGGCGUUCACCUUUGCGGCCUUCUGCUACAUGCUCACCUUGGUGUUGUGUGCUGCCCUCAUCUUCUUUGUCAUAUGGCAGAUCAUUGCAUUUGAUGAGCUUCGCACAGACUUCAAAAACCCCAUUGAUCAGAGCAAUCCCACGAGAGCGAGGGAAAGGAUUCUCAACAUCGAAAGAAUCUGCAACCUGCUCCGCAAAUUGGUGGUACCAGAGUACUCCAUCCACGGGCUCUUCUGCCUGAUGUUCAUGUGUGCUGGAGAGUGGGUCACACUGGGCCUGAAUAUCCCGCUGCUCUUCUACCAUCUGUGGAGGUUUCUUCAUCGGCCAGCCGACGGGUCAGAGGUCAUGUACGAUCCCGUCAGUGUGAUGAACGCAGACAUUCUCAAUUACUGCCAGAAGGAGUCCUGGUGUAAGAUGGGCUUUUACCUGCUCUCGUUCUUCUAUUAUCUCUACAGUAUGGUCUACGCCCUGGUGAGCUUCUAG